AUGUCGGAUUUCGUUGCCAUUGAUACAAAAGAAACUCUAUCUCUGACAUUAUCUGCAGAAAAUCUGCAAUUUGUUGAAGGAAUUAAGAAUUCUGCCAAAAAAAAUAAUGUUUGGGUUUCUAUUGGAGUUCAUGAAAAUAUCCAAGAAAGCAGUUAUGUUCUAAAAGGUGAUAAAAUUAUAGAUCCGGUGGAGACACCUAUUGGUAAAGUUGGAACGAUGAUUUGUUAUGAUUUAAGAUUUCCAGAAUUAUCUAUCGAGUUGAGAAAAAGAGGUGCAGAUGUGCUGGCAUAUCCUGCAGCUUUUACAGUUAAAACCGGAAUGGCUCAUUGGGAUCCGUGGGGAACAAUCCUUGCUAGAUGCCCAGAAACCACACAACCAACAUUUGCUUUGGCAGAAAUUAAUCUUGACAGAUUAAAAAAGAUUAGAACUGAAAUGCCUGUUUUAGAGCAUAGAAGAACUGAUUU